UUUUUUUUCAGUACAUAUAAGCAAAAUCACGCAGUUAUUGGCGUUUUCCAAUCCAGAAAUCCCAGCUUCUUAAUAUUAGAUCCGAAGUUGGCCCAUGAAGUCAUGGUAACGAAUUUCAAAAAGUUUAGAGACAAUUUGGCAAAGAAAUUUAUCUACGAUAGAAGUGAGGAUAAAAUAGCUUCCGUAAAUCCGUUUUCAAACGUUGGGGAAGAAUGGAAAACUAGGCGUGCAGACGUAAUCAGCGGGUUAACACAAAACAAGCUCAACUUAGGUUAUCCCAUUUGGAAGAGUUGUGCUCAAAAACUAAGCAAUCUAUUGAAGGAGCAAACUACAAAUGGCAACGCUGUUUUGGAAACUAAAAACCUCAUCUAUCGAUUUAAUUCCAACGUUUUGGGCGAGUUUCUCUGGGGCAUCGAAACAAACACACUCGAAAGUCUAGACAAACCAAAUACUUAUUUGGACAUUUUGAAGAAAGUGCCAGAUCAAAUUUUCCUAGCUUUAAUAAGCCACAUCAAAUGUAUACCAUUCCCUUGGCUUCGACGCUUCACAAACUAUCGCAUAUUUACUAACGAAACGGUAUCCUUUUUCUCACAACUCACCAAGGAUGCUUAUAGAAUGCGCGAAAAGGACGCGACUAAUCAAAAUAGAGUAGAUUAUCUGAAUUAUCUGCGUCAGCUGCAGGAAAAGAAAAAUCUGUCGCACGAAGAAGUGGUUGGAUACAUGGCAACUGUACUUGUAGAUGGGUACGAUACAUCGGCAACGAUUGCCUACCAUGCACUUUUCUAUUUGACCCACCACCCAGAUUGGCAGGAAACGGUGCGCAAAGAAAUUCUAAGCAAUCUCGAUGCUGAUGGUACUAUCAGUUACCAAACUUUGAUCGGUCUGCCACAUUUGGAUCAGUGUGUGCAAGAAACACUGCGAAUAAUUAGUCCGCUUACACUUACUUCGCGAAUUUGUACAGAAUCCACCGAAUUUGAGCUUAACGAUGGACGACGUAUCCCCAUUAAAGUGGGCCAGGAAGUCGCCAUUCCGUUUUUUAGUUAUGUUCACGAUCCCGAUUACUUUCCCGACCCAUGGGAGUUUAAACCGGAGCGUUUCAAUAACGUUGAUCUAGCAGAAUUGGCGAAGAGGGGCAUUUUUGUUCCUUUCGGUGACGGUCCACGCAUUUGUUUGGGACGACAUAUGGCAAUGUUGCAAGUAAAAACUCCGAUUGCCGAAAUACUUAAGACUUAUCGGCUGAAAGUAUGUGAGAAAACUGCGUCUGAAAGAAAACCUGACUCGCCAACUAUUGUUGUAGGAUUGGAUGGUGAUUUGAUAAUUGAAUAUGAGAGACUCUAGUCAGCAAAAAUAUUUAUGUACUCUUCAAAAAAAUUUUACAUUCGGCGCUAUUAUGAUUGUCGAUGUCGACAUCGAUGUAAUUUUU